GUCUUGAACCAUGCUUGAAUGGAGGUGACCUUAGAUUACAGCAAAUAAUAAUUUAAAGAAACGCGGUGGCAGCGUCGUUGUGGACAUAGUGUUUGCCAGGUGUCAGUCCUUCUUUCAUGCUACUGAACCACACAUUAGUGAAGACUUAGAGAGAAGAAGCAGCAGAGAUGGCCGAGGCGCAUCAGGCACGAGUGCAUACUGUGGUGGAAGACAUGGUCCAAAGUCUGGAGAGAGACCACAUCCGUAAAAUGCAGGGUCGCAUGUUCAAGUGCAGCGCAGACUGCUGCGAUCGUUCCACAGACUCUAUGAGUCAGGUGCAUCACUGCAUCGAGAGGUGUCACACGCCGCUGGCCAAAGCUCAGGGAGUUGUCACUUCCGAGCUGGAGAAGUUUCAAGAUCGUCUGACCAGAUGCACAAUGCACUGCAAUGAUAAAGCGAAGGAUCUUUUUGACUCUGGCGCUAAGGAGGCAGCCGUUCGAUCGAUGAUGGACCGCUGCGUGGGCAGCUGUGUGGACGACCACAUUAGCCUGAUACCCAGCAUGACCCGUAGGCUCAAAGAGAAUCUGGACUCUUUAGAGUAGUGCUGAGCAGGAAAGUCAGAGGCAGUGGGGAGUUUAGAAUCAGGUGAAGCCAGGUUUUCUUAAUUUAAUCCACUGUGACAUGUGUUAUUGUAAUAAACUAUAAUCUGUUAACAGCAGCCUCUAUGGACACUAGGAGCUGAAUGUUAUUAUCCUGUUGGUUCAAAAUCCUGUGAUAAAUGUGACAUAUCAAUGUGUGUGAGUGAACAGGCGUGCAUUUGUAAAAUUUGCUACAAAUCUGAGCAUCACAUUUCAUGCGUCUCACACAGCACACCAUGGUUUCAGCAUGAUUGAGAUGUCGACUUAUUUAUGCACAGUUCAUAAGUGCUUUAUGUGGUUUCUGAAUUCCAUCAUCAUGAGCCUCCUCAUCUCACGUUAAUCUUUUUUUUUUAAUCAAUAAUAGUAACAAUAGCAAUUGCCUCACCUCACGUGAGACGUGUUCAUGUGACCCAAUUAAAAGUACUGUAGGCGUU